AUGUAUUUCACUAAUGCAAGAUGCUUAUACAAUCAGCUCAGCAUCUCUGCAGAGCCACGCUGGGAUUAUAAUGGCUGUGAAUUUAGUUUCAACAUGAUCCAAGUGAAAUUGGAUUGUAAACAAGUUACCUUAGCAUGACUUUUUUUAAUUUAAUGUUUAUUGUCUGUGGAUUAUGGUCUUUGCAUUAGGGUUUUGUUGAAUUCCCCAACUACUAAUAGUAAGCAAGGUUGCAUAAUGCAGAUCUUAUCACACAAAAGAUAUUGCAAAUGAGUUCUUUUUAAUAUCUCAGUUGUUCCAUUUGAGAGCAAAUUGAGACUUAUAAAUGGCAAAUGUUUUAUUAGAUUUGUUUUUGGGCCCCUAAAAGCAUUAAAUGGACUAAUUUUUUCCUGUCUGCUGGCAUUCAUGUCACAGUUCAAGAUGGACGUUAAUGAAUGGCAUGGAAAUGCGUGCAUCAUUUUCCUGCAGUGCUAGAGUAAUUCAUCACAUGGCAUUUACAGCUCAUUUACAGCUGACCAAUUUUGAUGGAAAAAACAACAACUUAAACAACUAGAGAUUUUAAAUGACAUAAAAAUAAGUUUAAGUUAAAGUACUAGAAUUGCUAACACUAAAACUGAAAGAAAAAUAAAUUGAAGCUAAAUAGAAGCUAAUUAAAAUGACUUUUUUUUUUUACUUUGUUUUAUUUUAUCUCAGCGAUUGUCUCACUUCUGUCUGUUUUUAUUUGUCCUACUUCAUUUUAUGAGAAACGUCUGACAUGAAGUUAAUACUGAAAUGAAAAUAGAAAAUAGUCUCAGCGACCUCUGAGAACAGACAUUGCGAAACCUGCCUCAGAGGAAUGAAAUUCUGGGUUUCCCACCAAUUCCUUCCAGAGUCUGUAAACACCUUGAUCCUGGGAACAGGAGGCAGGAUGAUCCCAGAAUCAGUAUAGUUUGGGAUGCUGCAUCAGAUUCCCCUGAAUCCCAGAGCAAUAACAGCAUUACAACAGGAUGGUUUUACCACAACACCAUCAUGCAACUUUUGUACGAAGAUAGUAGAAAACAGAGAAGUUCAUUUUGAACAAGGCUUAUAUCCAACCCUAUCCCCGUAACUCUGCUUUGGCUGCACAUUAUUCACAUUUAUAGCCAUUUUUGAAGCUGUUUUCUGUAUUGCCUUAAAAUAUUCUCACAUUAGGGUUAUUAAACAGCCUGCCUGCCUACGACACUCAUGCUGUUGCAGUAUUUCUGUAAUAUGGUGUUGGCAAAUGCAUUGUAGUUGUGCAACAUGUGGCCGUAAUGUGACAAGAGGAAGUCAUAUUAUCUUUCAGCAACUGUGACAUUAUAUCAUCUUACCAUUUUAUAUUUUUAGCCUGCUUUUAGCAGUAUUUCUGACAGAUGCACUAUAAUAAUGGGAAAUAUUUGCAGCUAUAUAUUACAUUAGAUAUUUGGAGAAUGAAGAAAGAGAAGCUUGUGUACAAAGCGCUAAAUGCACAAAACCUCAUCUGUUAUUCUACUAUUGCGGUAACAUCUUAAGGUCACUUGAAGGUCUUAGAUUUAGAUUUUAAAAAAAAAAGUCAUGAGAUUUCACAGACUCACUUCAUGCGAACCUUCACAAGGCAGUCAUUGGGCAUUUUCAAGUAUUGAAAAGAGCAGUUUUGACAUUUUGAUAAUUGGUGAUUUCUGCAACAGUGUUUUGUGCAAUUUAAUUAUUAAAGAUACAAAAAACACUUUUUUGCAUGUCCUUUGGCUAGUAACUCUGAGGGGGCAUGUGUGGUUUGAAUGGGCAUGACGCUUCUGGGCUCACACACACACACACACACACACUUACCAGUGAUUUCCUUCAUUAGAGGCUGUUUCGUAUGGCACGCUUGACUAGAAUGGGGAAGUUGUAGCAGAUUGGGGAAGCUAUUGGCCUUUUUCUUGCCUUCCCCGCUGCUUUUCUCAUGAGUAGAACAUAUGAAGAUUGAGAGAAAGAGUGUUUCGUUGCCGGUUACAGUCGUGUCUCUAAGGCUUCAGCUGAUUUAAUUGACUUCAUCAUGGCUAAGAGUUUGUACAGGUUUCGCAGUCCAGCUCUCGCUGCCAUGCACCACCGCAGGCGCUUCAGUGAUACAUCAGAUAUAUUUGCAAUGAUAGAGCGAAUGCAGGGCAGUAGAAUGGACGAGCAGAGGUGCUCUCUUCCGCCUCCUCUCAAAACAGAGGAAGAUUACAUUCCAUAUCCCAGCGUCCAUGAGGUAUUGGGUCGUACAGGCACUUUACCGCUCAUUCUGCUGCCCCAGUUUGGGGGUUACUGGAUUGAAGGGACCAAUCAUGAUUUAGGCUCCUCCUCCACACCAGAGGAACCGCCCCCUUGUCCUGUAUCACAGGAUAAACUGGAGACAAACAGCAUAGCCAAGAUCUACAGGAAACACUUUCUGGGCAAGGAGCACUUUAAUUAUUACUCAGUGGACAGCGCUCUGAGCCACCUGGUCUUCUCUGUGAAGUAUGAUGUUAUUGGAGACCAGGAGCACCUUCGACUGUUGCUUAGGUCAAGGUUUAAAACCUACCAUGAUGUGAUACCAAUUUCUUGUCUGACCGAGUUCCCCAAUGUUGUGCAGAUGGCGAAGCUUGUCUGUGAAGAGGUGAAUGUGGACCGAUUUUAUCCAGUCUUAUACCCAAAGGCAUCCAGACUUAUUGUGACAUUUGAUGAGCACGUCAUCAACAACAACUUCAAGUUUGGAGUCAUCUACCAGAAAUUUGCACAGACAUCAGAAGAGGAGCUUUUCGGAAACAAUGAGGAAAGUCCAGCUUUUGUUGAGUUUCUGGAGUUCUUGGGAGAGAAGAUUGAACUUCAUGAUUUUAAAGGCUUUCGUGGUGGCCUGGAUGUGACACAUGGUCAGACAGGAGCUGAGUCAGUCUACCACAACUUCCACAACAAAGAGAUAAUGUUCCACGUGUCCACUAAGCUGCCAUACACUGAAGGUGAUUCCCAGCAGCUCCAGAGGAAGAGGCAUAUUGGAAAUGACAUUGUGGCUAUUGUGUUCCAAGAAGAAAAUACACCAUUUGUACCCGAUAUGAUUGCAUCAAAUUUCCUUCACGCUUAUGUAGUGGUUCAAGUGGAGAACGCCUGUACUGAUAACGUCCUCUAUAAGGUAUCUGUGACGGCAAGAGAUGAUGUGCCUUUCUUUGGACCAGCCCUCCCAGACCCAGCUGUCUUUAAAAAGGGUCCCGAGUUUCAUGAGUUCCUCUUGACCAAACUGAUCAAUGCUGAAUAUUCCUGCUAUAAAGCAGAGAAGUUUGCCAAGCUGGAGGAGAGGACACGUUUUGCUCUGCUGGAGACUUUAUAUGAGGAGCUGCACAUGAACAGCCAGUCCAUGAUGGGACUGGGAGGAGACGAUGACAAACUGGAGAAUGGAGGAGGAGGAGGCGGUGGCUUCUUUGAGUCUUUCAAGCGAGUAAUCCGCAAUAGAAGUCAGUCUAUGGAUGCCAUGGGCCUCAGUAACAAGAAGCCACACACUGUCUCCACCAGCCACAGCGGAAGCUUUACACACAACCCCCCAGACACCCCCAAAACACCCGGCAUUUCCUUGAUUAUUCCUGGAAAAAGCCCAACCCGUAAGAAAUCUGGUCCAUUCAGUUCCAGGAGGAGCAGUGCCAUUGGGAUUGAGAACAUACAAGAAGUUCAGGAGAGAAGCAGUCGUGAGGUGUCCCCUAGUCCACAGAGGACAUCUGACGGUGGACACGUCACUCAGGACUUCAGAUUAGACAACUCGUCCAGUCAGAGCUCACCUGAGAUGCAAAUCACCAAAAUCGGUUCGGCCCUGUGCUGUCGAGCUCCCUCAAUCCCAGAGUCUCAGGAUCUAUCUCGCUCCUCGUCCAAUGCCAGUAGCUUCACCAGCGUGGUGGAGGAGAACGAGCUGGAACAUGAAGUGACAGAGGACUAUGACACAGGACUGGAGAGUCUAUCAUCAGCCGGUACGCCUCACAAACGAGAUUCGUUUACAUACAGUGGCGUGUGGUUGGAAGACGGCCCUGGUACUACUAGUCAGAGCAGUUCACACGGUCCCUUUCGACAGCAAUCUGAACCUCGUCCAAAAACAGAGAGACAACACUCGAACUGCUAGCUGUCCUGUAGGCUGAAGAUGACUUCAUGGAUGUCCAUCAACAGCAUUUUCAUAAGCAGCCCUCUGCAGCGGACGCUCGAUGUGCUCACAAGAGUUCCUGUAGAGAUGGAUGUGAAGGGGAGUGAACUGCUAGCUCCAGCCUGGAUGUGUACAGUCGGGCAAGUGUGCAUCAGAGUAUCAGCGCGCUCUUGUAAGGACUUGACCCCCUUAUCUUCUAUCAUGUGGCUGUUGGCCUGCCUGGCUUGUGUUGAAGGCUGCUGGUACACGUCUAGAAGAACAGAGAUGAGCUGCUAGCAGGCGACGAAUCACGCAUGAUUAUGGCCUUAUCAUAGGCUGCUUUCUUUCUUUCUGUCCACAGCAGCCCUCAUUGUGUGGCUUUGGGUUUUAUUUGUAAUAUUUAUUUAUUUAUUGAGUAGGUCUUUUAGUAACGGGGGGUGGUAAGUUGUCACAAGCUUUCGGCAUUUUUCAGAAUAUCAAAUGAGGUUCAACCUAAACCCAUCAUGCUUAAAAUACACACGAACCCGCAAAGCACUGUAAUACACAUCUAUGUGUGGUUCUGUUUUGUUGCUUUUUGUGUCAUGAUGUAAUGAUGUUGAAAAUGAAUAUAGGUAAAUGUUAAAUGUUGUUCUUCAGUGUGGUUUUCUAUCUUCUGGUGUCAAGCGCCCAAGCCAUUUCCCGUCCCGUCCAAUAAAUGAAGCGUCGGCAUUAUAAUUUAUGAUAAAAUGAAUAGAUCAGGUGUGAGAUGCUGUAUACUUUUUAAAUAUUAUUUAUUAAGAUUAUGCUGUUUUACUGAUCAACAUAUUUUGUAUGGCCACAACUGUUUGUGGUGAAACUGACGUGUGUAAACUGUACACUAAUGUAGUGGCCUCAUGUUUGUAGUUUCAUGUUUAAAGCUAGCUGUGUAGAUUAAAACAUCAGUGUCUCUCAAGUCAGAUAUAUCGGAAGUCCUGAAGACCUUUUAGCUUAUAUGACAGGUGAGCAAUAUGAAUGUAAAACAGCAGACACAUAUAUGAUGGUGGUUAUGGAUUAUGGAAAACACUAAGUCAGAAUAUAUUCAUCCGAUGCUUUAAUGUUCAAUAGAAAAUGGUAGGAAAUUAAUUUUGUUUUCAAAUACAAAUGCAUGUUUAAUUCAUUGCAAACAAACAAACAAAAAAAAAGCCAAUUUUAGCCCAUUUUACAUAUCAUGCAAUCAAAAUAUUUUAGUUUUUAAACAUAGCAUUAUGGUGUUAAUGCUUUCCCAUUCAUCUCAAUGGCUUGUCAGAUAGAGACUGAAUUUUUUUUUUUUUGAGCCAUAAAUGUGAUGAAUUAUUUUGAGCACCUAUCCUAAGCUGUGACAUUAAAACAAAAAGAAAGUCACUGGCAACAUCAACUCUAAUCAAACUAAAUAUUCACAAUUUGUUGUUUGCAAAAUCAUUUUAGUCACUUUUACAGCUCCUUAAAAUACUGUGGUAUUUUCUGUACGAUGCAUAUUUUAAAGAAUACUAUGGUAUUACUGUCAUAGAAGAAAGAUGGCAUUACCAUAAUUUUGUGUCCAAAAAACAUCUUUUUUGUAAGACUAAUUUCCUAAUUCGCUUAUUUUUGGCUGACUGAAUCCAUACUUUCGCUGUGUCAGAGCCCUAAAUCUCUGCUGAUUGGUCGAACUGUACAUAAUGUGUUUGCACAUGCUAGAGACAUUAAGCACAAUCUCAUUCCAAACAAACACCGACCGCUUUCUGCAAGUGAUUGUGUUCUCCUUUACGAGUGCUUAUUAUGCUACUUUUAUGAAAUGUUUCACUGUAAAUACAUUUUCUCCUUUUUUGUAAUAAAACAAAAAUUGUUUAAUAAAGAUCAGAGAGGUUCAUGGAA